AUGAGUAUUGAACCUCGAACUGAACGUAUCCUAGUUAAACCACAUAACACAUCAACAACAACUAACACAAUUCUCACAAUAAAAGAAAAUAUUGAUAUCAUUAAUCUAGGUGUCAAUGUAAAAAACGUGGCCUCUAAAUCUAAUGGUAAUGUCAUCAUUGAUGUAGAAAAUCAGGCUGAUAAAAUUAAACUGACUAGUGAAAUCCACAAUAAACUUGGUAAUACUUUCGAAGUAAAAAAUAUAAAUCAACGUUAUCCAAUGGUCAAAAUAGUUGGAUUGGAAGAAAAUGCUCUACAGAUCAACCAACAAAAACUAAUUAACGACUUAGUAUUGCAGAAUGAGUGGAGCAAUUUAAAGGACAAUAGUACUCAGUGCUUAAUUAAGAUGAUUAAAAAAUAUAAAACUAAGAACGGUUUCAGCACAGGAUUUUAUGCUAAAAAAUUGUUGGAUGAAAUGAAAUACAUAGGUUUUGAACAAAAAGUUAAUACAGCAACAAGAACAACCUUUAACUCAGAAACAAUAAUUGAUUUAGUGUUUACGAAUUUCGAACUGACGAGCGAAGUUUUGGACAAACCAAAAAUAGCCGAUCAUAAUAAUAUAUCUAUUAAAUUAACUAAUGUAGUUGACACUAAAAAGUAUAGUAUUCGUGUAAGAGAUUACAGUAAGUUUGACGAUAAAUUGUUUCAAAUGGAAGUAAAAAAUAAAUUAAACAAUUUUAACUUGAUAUUAUUGAGUAAUAAUAACACUGAUGAUGAAACUGAUUAUAACAAUGCUGUGGCAAUAACUAGUAAUAAUAUUGUUAAUAUAAUAAACGAAAUGGCUCCAGUUCAAGAGAAAUUAAUAAAAUAUCGAUGGAAUAAGAAGCCAUGGAUUGAUAUAAAUAUUUUGAAUUUGAUUAAGGAAAGAAAUAGAGCAUUUAAGAAAGCUAAAAUUACUAAGAAUAUAAAUGAUAUUGAGAGCUACAAAAUGCUACGUAAUAAUGUAGUGCGUCAAAUGAAAAAUAAUAAAUUUAACUUUUAUAAAAAAGAAAUAGAUGGCAAUAAACACAAUUCAAAGAAGAUGUGGAAAACACUUAAACAACUAACAGGUGACAAAAGGUGUAGUUACUCAAUUAUAAAUGAGAUCAAAUUUGGGGACAAAAUAGUUACCGAUCACAAGGAUAUAGCAAAUAAAUUAAAUGAGAAAAAUUCUAAUGAAAUAAAUGGUAGAAUCAGGAUUGGUACAGAUUGUUUAAAAAAUGAUGUUAAUGUAUGGGAUAAAUUUGAUCAAGUUCAAUAUGAAACAGUUGAUAAGUUAAUUAAGAAUCUUGACUGUAAAAAAGGUAGAAAUAAUGAUAUUAAUGCUGACAUUCUCAAGCUUAUUUGGAGUGUAGUGCCCAAUGAAUGGAAAGUCUCUACGAUAAUACCUAUACAAAAAAUCAAAGGGACGAUAAAAGCUGAAGAGUUACGUCCAAUAAAGACGCUUCCGGUAUUAGAACAAGUACUAGAAAAAUUAGUAUAA